AAUAACGAGAUAAUUGUAACGACAUAGUAACGGAAAAUAGCCUAAUAAAUUAUUCUACUUAUUGUAGCAAUAAUGUAGGAAUUAGAAAGGUUAACCGUUACUAUUCUCAAAUUAGUCCUAUAAAUACCCAUCAAUUAUAGGAUUAAGCUUUAUCUCAUAAGCUACAUAGCAUUGGAAGGUUAGGCCGAUCAAUCGUGUUGGAUUCCUAAGUCUUCCUAAAGUGUUAAUGCAAAUGAAUUCUCAAGGUAUUGUUCUAAUCUUAUUUCAUACAUAUUUGAUUUCAUGGAUUUAUAUGGAUUUAGCUAUUAUAUAUUUAUAUAUAUAUUGCAUAUGGAGCCUUGUUGAUAUGUAUAUGAAUAUCCAUCAAUUGGUAUCAGAGCCUACCAUUAUAAAUUCAUGGAAUUCAUCCUUAAUCAGCAUAUGUAUUCAUCGAUAUAUUUGGAAUUUCAUUUGAACUGGUGAUAUCCGAAGUUUUUUUGUAUGAACCGUUUUGAUCAUGUAUGUGCCCGUGAUCGUUGGAUAAGUGCAGUGAUGAUUUGUGAGUUUUUUUUUUUUACCGACCGGAACUUUUCCGCUGCAUGUUUAAUUGUUACCAGUCAAGUAUUUUAAAUUUUGUCUAUAAAACUUUACUUUAGUAUUGAUAUAAUAUACUACUGAUAUAAAAUUGUGGUAUCAUAUCAAUAAUUGAGUGUAUAGGCAUAUAUGGUACUAUUGAAUAGUAAUUGUACUCCAUUCUUACUCGUAGUGGAUAAUUUUUUUUUAAGCUAUAUGAAAUGGUUUAUGCCCUUUAUUUGCAAGGGUGCAGUCUAAUCCUAUGAACAUACAUGCUUACACAUAUACUCGUAUUAGUAUAUAUAAUGCUGCUAUAUUAUGAAUUAAGUCAUCUUUUUAGACCUUUAAUGAUAUAGUACGACUGUAUUGAGUUGUGAGUUCAUUGGUUAUUGGAUUUUGAAUCAAGUUGAUGUUUGAAAGUACUCCGUAUUAAGUAUGUUUAUUAAGAAAGAACCGUUUCAUGUAUGUAUAAUUAUUGAUUGAUUAAUGAUUUGUUAAUUUUUUUUUACUUCCCGCUGCAUGUCUCAAUCUUUAAUGCUUCAUUUUGGCAUGAAUUUUUUUGGCCUCUGCAUUAAUACUGCUAAACUGUUACGGAGUAAUUGAAUAUUUUAUUCACAAGUGGAAUUUGUCUAGCACUAGCUAUGUCAAGAUUGGCAAGCGUUUUUUUUGUAUUUCUUUAAUGCUCGGAUGUAACAAGUAUGUUUGCAUUGAAUUGUGUCUGGGUGAAUUUUUGUUUUUUUUUCAAAUUUGCUUUCAUUAAAGAAUUUUUUUUUUUUUUUUGAAUCAAGUCAAUUCAAUGAAAUAUCAAUUGUCGUUGUUCAUGUGCAAAUCUUUUCGAAGUUAUUUGCCGCACUUAUUUUCGAAGUUAUACACUACGUAUAUUUUUGAAGGGAAAUUGUAAAAUAAAAGGAAGUUUAAUAUUUAAAAUGAGUAUAUAGAAACAAUAUGUCACCAAAGUGAUCCUAUUGUGUAAGUUGCUCAUAUAAAAUAGUAAACAUAGUAUAUAUAGUUCAAGUAAAUAUUAAUCGGCCCAAAGGAAGAUUAAUAUUUUAUCAAGUUAUAUAUAUACAUUUUGGUAAUAAUAAAUAUAUAACAAUUAUAAGGCUUCACUUUAAAAGAAAAAAAAAAUCAACCCAAAGGUGAAUUUUUCUUUUAUAUGUAUUAUUGUUAUAUUUUAUUGUUACAACAAGAGUACCACUAGCAAUUAGUAUUAUUGUCCAAAGAUGAAAUACUAAUGGUGCAUUUGGUAUCUUGUGAUGGGUUAAAAUCAUUUUACAAUUUCACUAAAACAUAUGUUUGUUAUCCUUGUUCUUUCCACAGUUAAUUUUGCGAGCAUAUCUGCCAAUCUCAACUCCAUCCCUGUCCUAAAUGGUACUAAUUUUAAGGAAUGGAAAGAAAAUAUUCUAAUAACUUUGGGCUGCAUGGAUCUUGACUUAGCAUUAAGGGUAGAGCAACCCGCUUCUCUUACGGAUGCUAGUACCCAAGAUGAAAAAAGGUACUAUGAGAAGUGGGAUCGCUCGAAUCGCUUAAGUCUUAUGAUCAUAAAGCGUGGCAUUCCAGAAUCCUUUAGGGGAGCUGUAUCCGAUGAGGUUACUAAUGCCAAGGAUUUCCUUUCUGAAAUUGAGAAACGUUUUGUUAAAAGCGAUAAGGCGGAAAUAAGCAUGUUGUUAAAAGACUUUACUUCCAAAAGAUAUUCAGGAAAAGGAAAUAUAAGGGAGUAUAUUAUGGAAAUGUCUUAUAUUGUUUCUAGGCUCAAGACACUUAAGAUUGAGAUAUCGGAAGAUGUUCUCGUACACAUAGUCUUGAACUCUCUUCCUAUUGCAUUUGAUCCUUUUAAAGUUAGUUAUAACUGCCAGAAGGAGAAGUGGUCUCUUAACGAGCUCAUUUCAUAUUGCGUGCAAGAGGAAGAGAGGAUGAAACAAAAUAAGACAGAAAGUGCUCACUUGGCUAGUACCUCUAAGGAUAAGGGUAAAAAGAGGAAUAGAACUCCCAUUAAGAAUGAAGCUGCUAAAGGUCCAGUACAGAAGAAACAUAAGGAAGGUGAAACAACUUGUUUCUUCUGUAAGAAGUCUGGACACAUGAAGAAGGAUUGUACCAAGUAUCACGCUUGGAAAGUGAAGAAAGGGUUGUCUGAGCCACCGCAAGCCAAAUGAUGCUGAAAGAUGUGUCUAUGUGGGAGAUGGCAAAGCGGUGCAUGUGGAGGCUAUUGGACAUUUUAGAUUGUUAUUGUCUACUGGUUUCUAUUUGGAUUUAAAAGACACUUUUGUUGUUUCGUCAUUUAGGCGGAAUUUGGUUUCUGUUUCUUAUUUGGACAAAUUGGGUUAUCAUUGUUCAUUUGGAAA